AUGGGAAGGAAUAAAAUUGACAUUUAAUAUCUUAAAGAUGAUCGUAUAAGGAAUGUAAAUUUAUUUAAUUAAUUACUUAUUGUACUAUUUUUAGAACCUCUAUAUAAUUUAAUAACUAAUUAAUAUUAUUUUAGAUCACAUUCAAUAAAAGGAAAAAUGGUUUAUUAAAAAAAGCAUGUGAAUUAGCAGUUUUGUGUAAUAUCAAAAUGCUUUUGUGUUUUACAGAUCUGAAUGGAAUUGUAUAUUAAUUUACAUCAAAUGAUAAUAUUGAAAUGGAAUUGAUUUAAUAAUAUCAUAAGAAAGUGUUCACUAAAUAAGAUGUACAUUAAAAUAUUAUAUAUUUAUUAAGUAUCCAGGAUUUCAAAAGAGAAAAGAAGGUGAAUCAUAAUCAGAUGUAGAAAGUGAAUAAAGUGUUGAAUAAAAAAGAACAAGAGCUUCAAAUAAAUAAUUAGAAAUAUAAUAAUAAUAAACCAAUUAGUAAUAAAUUAUUAAUGGAUAACAAUAAAUGAGAUUAAGAAAUAAAAUGUUAGAAAAUGUAGAAAAAAUACAAUAAUAAUAAUUAUAAUAAGAUUCAAGAAAAAUAGUUAAAAUAGAAAAUAAAUAAGAAGAGUAAGAUAUUUAGAAAUCUAAAAUGAGAGUUAAAAAUAAUUAAAAAAAUAAUGAUCAAAUAGUAGUCAAUGAUAUUAUUGAUCAUCAAUAAGCUAGAAAUUUUGAUGAUCUCUAUUAAUGUGGCAAUUAAUAUGAUGAAUAAUCAAAUUCUUAAUAAGAUCAUCAAGAUUAUAAAUAGUAAUUAUCCAUGUUUACUAAUUCUAAUCCAAUUAAACUUAUGUAAAUGGAUAGUUUACUCAACGGUAUUAAUAACAGUAAACCGAAUAAUUUUCUAAGUGAACAAUAUAAUAAGUUUUUUAACAAAGACAGAGUAUAUCUUAAUUAUUAAUAUAGAUUGAUUCCUUAAAUAAUAGUAAAGUAUUAUAACCAAGUGUUUAAUUUAUUGUUCCACCUUAAGUAUAUUUUAAUAUACCUCCAUCUCCUAUUAGUUAAGCAAUGAAUAAAGUAUAUGUGGGAGUAGAUGAACCAAUAGAAUAUAAUAUUGGACAAUCAUAAUAUAUGGAUGGAUUCAAAAAAUAUACAAAAUGA